UGUGUUUUUGUGUGCGAGUGCGGACGUACAUCAACACCCGUAGCAAUGAGUUAUAAGAGAAGCGGAUGAUGACAUCGUCACACCCAAGCUCCAGUUGUGAAAACUCAUUUACUCUUUUACAAAAUUAAAAUUCAACAUUUUUUAAAAGUCUAUGGCGGAACAGAUCUGAUAAUACUGGGUGCUUAAGGCGAAGACGUUUCAUAUUUUAAGAGAAACAAUGGGAUGUAACUGCAGUUCGGACUAUUCAGACAGCGACUGGAUCGAGAACUUGGAUGAAAUCUGUGAACACUGCAACUGUCCGAUCCCUCCCCAGUCAUCCAAUCCAUACACAGAUCAGCUGAUUCCAUACCCAUCACAGAAUACCCCUCCUAUGUCUCCUUUAUCAGACAACCUUGUAAUGGCCAUAUACAGCUACGAACCCAACCAUGAUGGCGAUCUGGGCUUUGAGAAGGGAGAAAAACUCAAAAUCAUCAACAAGGAUGAUCCAGAGUGGUAUUUGGCAGAGUCUCUCACCACAGGCCAGAGAGGCUACAUCCCAUACAACUUUGUCGCAAUGAACACAGUGGAGACAGAACCGUGGUUCUUUAAGAACAUUUCUAGAAAUGAUGCCAUGAGGCUCCUGCUCGCUCCUGGGAACACACAGGGAUCUUUCCUGAUCCGAGAGAGCGAGACAACCCCAGGUUCAUACUCUUUAUCAGUGAGAGACUUGGACCACAACACAGGUGAGGGUGUCAAGCACUACAGGAUACGCAAGAUGGACAAUGGUGGUUUCUACAUCACCGCCAAGAUAUCCUUUAAUUCCCUGAAGGAGCUUGUCCAGCAUCACUCACGCGAUUCAGACGGUUUGUGUACAAAGCUGGUGAAGCCGUGCCAGUCUAGGGCGCCACAGAAACCCUGGUGGCAGGAUGAAUGGGAGAUUCCACGUGAGUCUCUAAAGAUGGAGCGUAGGCUUGGAGCUGGCCAGUUCGGAGAAGUCUGGAUGGGUGUCUACAACAAUGACCGAAAGGUGGCCAUCAAGAAUCUGAAGAUGGGUACAAUGUCAGUGGAAGCUUUCCUGGCAGAGGCUAACAUGAUGAAGAACCUGCAGCAUCCUCGCCUUGUCCGUCUCUUUGCUGUGGUUAGCCAGGAGCCCAUCUGUAUUGUAACAGAGUACAUGGAAAAUGGUAGCCUUGUGGAUUACCUAAAAACGACACAGGGAAGCAAUCUGCCCAUGACCACACUGAUAGACAUGUCAUCUCAGGUGGCAGACGGCAUGUCCUUCAUUGAGGAGAAAAAUUACAUCCACCGAGACUUGCGGGCUGCAAAUAUUUUGGUAUCUCAUGAACAAAUUUGUAAGAUCGCCGACUUUGGACUUGCAAGACUGAUUGAGGACAAUGAAUACACAGCCAGAGAAGGUACAAAGUUCCCCAUCAAAUGGACUUCCCCAGAAGCGAUAAACUAUGGCACAUUUUCCAUAAAAUCUGAUGUGUGGUCAUUUGGGAUCCUCUUGACAGAAAUAGUGACAUAUGGACGUAUUCCUUACCCUGGCAUGUCCAACCCAGAGGUAAUCCAGAACCUGGAUCGGGGAUACAGAAUGCCCAAGCCGGAGAACUGCCCUGAUAGCCUGUAUGAUGUCAUGUUUAUGUGCUGGAAUGAAAACCCAGAGAACAGGCCUACAUUUGAAUACCUGAGGAACGUACUCGAAGACUUCUUCACAUCUACAGAGAGACAGUACCAGGAAUAGCCCAGCUAGGGCAAAAAAA